AUGGCGAGCUCCUACUCCUUCCCGCUGUUCGAGCCGGCGGAGAUCGAGGCGGCGCUGCACAGCUACGGCAUCGCGCCCAGCACUAGCCUCUGCGCCGAGGGCAUCGUCCACCCUCAGCCCGGCUUCGUCGCCGAGGUCCUCUAUCUCUUCCUCCUCAACUUCGUCGGCGACGAGCCCGACGAGCAGCUACAGUUCCAGGCGCUGCAGGUGCUCGACAACCCGGAGCACCACAUAGGGGCCCUACGGUUGUCGCGGAUCUACAAGAGGGCCAACGCCUUCCUCCAGUCCAUCCAGUUCCGAGACCUCAAUCUCCGCGACCUCCUCCGCGCCGACGGCCCCCGUGUCGUCCUCAUCCUCAGCGCCCUCAUCAACUUCCUCCUCUUCAGGCGGGAGAAGCUCGCCUUGCUUGAGCCCAUCGUCCAAGAGUACGGCGCGCUUGACAAACGGCAGAGGGAGCUCAGGGCUAAGAUCGACGAGCUUAGCAAGGCGAAAGAGGACCAUCUGCUUAAGGAGCAGGUGGAGGCACCCAUGGUCCAGCAGCUCGAGAAGGAGGUCAAUGCCCUCAAGCAGAGGCUUCAUGAUUACAACAGAGAGCAGCUGUCGCUGCGCGUUGCAUCAAAAGCCUUGGACGAAAAGAGAGAGGAGACACUGAGGAAGAUCAACCAGGCUGAUUUUGAGUUGGUGAAGGUUAUGCAAGAAAAGAAAAAGCUAUCAGCCAAAAUUGUUCGUUCCCCUGAAAAGCUCCAGAGGAACCUUGAGGAGAAGAAAGCAGUCCGUGAUGAGUUAAAGAACUUAGAGAAGAUGGCAAUGCAGAAAGUCCAAGAGAAAACCAAUGCUCUUGAGAUGUAUACUAAGGUUUCUGAGAAACUAGCAAAGCAUCUCUCUAAAAUUUCUGCUGUUCUUGAAAAAAGCGCUGCUGCUAAAGCUUCUGAGAAGGAUGUUAAAGCACACAAAGAGAAGAUCAAUGAUCAAAAUUUGGAGAUAAAGGCACUUCGCAAUAAAGCUGCUGAAUGGGAAAUGAAAGUACUCGAGAACGAGGCCAAACUGAAAGCAAAGGAGAAAGAAAGGGAUCAAAGAGUUGAAGAGAACAAUCGGAAGAUGACUGCAUUGAAAUCUGAAGUUGAAUCGGAGCACAAGUGCCUUGAGGAGAAACAAAGAAAAAUAAAGGAAAAGAUUGACAAGGGUUCUGAAUUAUGCUCUCAAGCCGAUUCUGUUGCUGAAGCUGGAAGGAAGAAAACAGAGGAAAUCUAUGGGAAGUAUGAUCAAGUUUGUGAGGCGCCUUUUCUCCAGGCUAAGAUGUACAUGGAUGGCUUGGAUCAAUCCUUCGACGAGACUGAUGAAGCUGCAGUGAUGUUGAACACUAUAGCCCAGAGUGGCGCUUGA